GAGGCGGCUGCUCUAGGGCCGGCAGGGGCUCGCUCCCAGGCUUUCCCCCGGGCGUGGGGCCCGCGGGACCGGCGCCUUGGCUUCUUCAGGCUGCGAGGGAGCCCGCAGUGUCACACCCGCUAGCGGUAUCCUGAAGAGGCGGGAAGGGAGGCUGAGGGCACAGCUGGCCUGGGAGGAGUUGACGGGGCAGUGUCACGUCGCCGGGGUAACCAGGAGCAGCUGGCAGCAGAGUUGCUGUUGGGGUUUGUCACUUGCUUCCUGUUAGCCUGAGUGGGGCCACUUGGGCCGAGAGCUGGCACGGGGCCCCGUGCUCGGGGCUUGUUUUGCAAGGACAUAGUUUGGAAGUUAGGUUGUGCUGAAGCUAGGGAGGCUGCGGAUGGAGGGCCAGCAAAACCUUUUGGGUUAAGCUGCAGGCUGUCUUGUGCUUUGUUUGCCUCAAUCCCCCUUUCUCUUGAGAAGCCUGUUAUGGUGGUGAGUGUCCAGCUCUGGCUGAGGAAACCUUCUCCUCUCCCACCAGGUCUCUGGGGCUGUUGGCCAUGCCCCUUUAACACAAUGCGCCUCUAUUGCAGAUGCAGAUGCGAUUUGACGGACUACUGGGCUUUCCUGGGGGGUUCGUGGAUCGCCGUUACUGGUCCCUGGAGGACGGUCUGAAUCGGGUGCUGGGCUUAGGUUUGGGCUGUGUGCGCCUGAUGGAAGCUGACUAUCUGUGCUCGCACCUGACAGAGGGGCCACAUCGUGUGGUGGCACACUUCUACGCCAGGCAGGUGACCCUGGAGGAGCUGCACGCCGUCGAGAUCAACGCGGUGCAUUCCCGAGACCACGGGCUGGAGGUGAUGGGGAUGGUCCGCGUUCCCUUGUACACCCAGAAGGACCGCAUGGGUGGGCUCCCAAACUUCCUGGGCAACUCCUUCGUUGGGACCGCUAAGUUCCAGCUGCUCUUUGCCUUGAAGGUCUUGAAUAUGGUACCAGAGGAAAAGCUGGCAGAGGCAGUGGCUGCCACACAGAAGCCAAAGAAGCCAGCGAUGGAGCCUGCAGCAGCACCUGUGGCUGUGCCAGCAAACCAGCCCAUAGCCAGGCCAACAAAUGAGCUGGCAUCUGAGCCAGCUGCUGAAUCCGUGGCUGAGCCAGCAGCCGCAUUGACCACUGUGUCUGUGGCUGAGCCAACGGUUGUAUCUGUGGCUGAGCCAGCUGCUGAAGCUGAGCCAGUGGCAGUGCCAGUGGCUGUAGCUGUGACCAUGCCUGGGCCAGCAACUGUGCUGGCUGCGGAGUCAGUGGCUGAAUCAGCAGCAAUGUCCAUAGCUGAGCUGGGGGCUGAACCAGCGGCCAAGCGCAUGGCCGAGCCAGCAGUGUUGUCCUCGAUUGAAUCGGCGGCAGUAUCUGUGGCUGCAGCAACAAAUGAGCUGGCAGCUGAGCCCAUGGCUGAGUGAUGCUAGCUUUGUUUGUGGUUUCAUUAAACUGGGAGAGGAGAUUGGAGACUGUUCUUCUAACUUUCCAAGUUGUUGCUGCCCAAGUGACUCCACCUUAGAGUUGGCUGGACAGGGAGGGAUCAGAUUUGCCUGAAGCAGUGGAAAAGCUGUUCUUUAAAAGCCAAUACACUAUACCAAGCUGUCCAGAUCAAUAUUAACAUCCCCCAACCCCCUCCCUCCUGCGGAGUCCCUGAGCUUAUACAGUGGCUCUGACCCUUAGAACAAUGCUUUGACUUAACAGGGACACGUUUGCUCAUUUUAGGUCCCAGUUCAGGAAUUUUUGUUUUUGUUUGUUUUUUAAAUGAACCGAAACAUGUUGCUUUUAAAUUUUUCCAAUAGGGUUUUUAAAGCCCCCCUGCUGCCAUGCUGCAGACUUAGCCACAGCUGCAUUGCACCGGACAGCAGUGAACAACAAAGCAAUCCUCAUUGAAAAGAGCUGCAGAUGCAACACUGCCAUCAACCCAGGGAGCUGCCUUCUGCUUGGUGUCUCUCAGUGCACCUAGUGCUCCCACUUGGUAAUAGGGGGGUCAUGGGGAGGAUGGAUCUCUUUCCAGCUAACAUAAAAAUCUUGAGUGGCUUAGCUGUGGGUCACCAUGAGUGGGUACAGGAAGGGCAGGGGUGUAUGGCUUUGCAUAUGGAGAUUGUGUGGGAGCAAGAAAAUGAAAUAAAUGGCUUUGCUGA